CGUACUGGAAUUCUGCAAGUCUCCAUGGUGAAAGUAGAGCAUCGAGUUUCGCCAAUACAAGUCUGCAGCUAUUGAUAAGUGCGACUGAACUAGAAUAAGACUUGUCCAACUCAUAAGCCAUGAGGUUUUCGUCUUUGCAUAUGGCCAAAUUCUCCCGUUCGCUCUGUUCUUCUUCCUCUCAAAAUCAUUGGUCUCCUCAAAAUCUAUUCAAACAAGGGUUCACUCCCACUCUCCAAUCCAUCAAUCAAUUCCUUUACUUUCUGUUGAGUAGUCACAGGUUCGACUUAAUCGCCCACUUCGUCUAUCAAAUGAGCCGGAACCGAGUCCAGGGCAACUCCCAAACUCAUUCGAUUUCGGCUUGGGCUCUCCUCAAACUCAACAUGUUUGAAGAGGCAGAGCGUUUCAUCAAGACCCACAUGCCAAAGUCUUCAACUUUCUCCAAAUAUCCCAUUUGGGAUUGUCUGAUUCUGGGGUUUAGUAUCCAUGGGAAGGACCCGGACAGGGCCUUCACACUGCUGCAAGAUUCUUUGAUGGAUUACGGUGUGUUGCCCGCUUAUUCUACUUUCCGUUCAUUGAUUCAUAGUCUUAGUUCUCAGGGAAAGAUCACUAGAGCCUUAGAGGUGUUGGAGUUGAUGAAUGAUGACCGUGUGAAUUACCCUUAUGACAAUUUUGUUUGUAGUUCAGUCAUUUCUGGGUUUUGUAAGAUAGGGAAGCCGGAACUUGCCAUUGAGUUCUUCCAUAAUUCACUGACUGUUAAAGCUUUGAAGCCCAAUCUGGUUACAUACACUGCACUUGUUACUGCGCUUUGUGACUUAGGUAGAGUAAAUGAGGUAUCUGAAUUGGUUUGUAGGAUGAGGGAGGAAGGAUUGGUAUUGGAUGUAGUUUUCUAUAGUAACUGGAUAUCUGGGUGCCUCCGUGAAGGUAUGUUAAAGGAUGCGCUUCAGAAACAUCAUGAUAUGGUUAAAGAAGGAAUUCUGUCUGAUGCAGUUAGCUAUACUAUGCUCAUAGAUGGUCUAUCUAAACAGGGGAGUGUCGAAAAAACAGUAGGAUUUCUCCACAAGAUGGUAUACACUAAACUCAAACCUGGUCUGGUUACUUAUAGUGCAAUCAUGUUGGGAUUUUGCAGGAAGGGGAAAGUUGUGGAAGCCUUUACUGUAUUUGAGUUGGUUAAGAAUCUGGGGAUUGAACUGGAUGAAUUCGUUUAUGGGAUUUUGGUUGAUGGAUUCUGUAGACAAGGAAAUUUUAAGCUUGUUUCUGAACUGCUCAAUGAAAUGGAAACCACUGGUAUACGUCCAAGUAUUAUCACCUACAAUACAUUGAUCAAUGGCUUAUGCAAUGCUGGAAGAACCUCAGAUGCUGAUGAACUAUCAAAAGGUAUAUUGGGAGACAUUGUGACCUACAGCACAUUGUUACAAGGGUAUGUUGAAGAAGAUAAUGUAGUACGGAUUUUAGAUACCAUACAGAGAUCAAAAGAUGCUGGAAUUAGCUUGGAUAUGAUGAUGUGUAACAUACUACUCAAAGCACAUUUUAUGGUGGGUGCAAUUGAUGAAGCAUAUGCUCUUUAUAAAGGAAUGCAAAGAAUGGGUUUGGUUGCAGAUUCUGUUACUUACUGUACAAUGAUUGAUGGGUAUUUUAAAGUAGAUCGAAUUGAUGAAGCACUUGAGACAUUUGACGAAUUUAGAAAAGGUCCAAUUUCUUCAGUCGCCUGUUACAAUUGUCUGAUUAGUUGGCUAUGCAAGAAGAACUUGGUUGAGAUGGCAAUGGACGCAUUUUUGGAACUCAUUGAGAAAAGCUCGACUCUGGAUGCAGCAUUGACUAAAAAUGGUGGAGUUUUGGCUGCCUAUGAACUGAUCAUGGGACCUAAUGAUAAUGUACAAGGUAUGGAUGUGGUUGAUUAUUCACUAGUUGUUGAUGGCCUUAUCAAGGAAGGGCACCAUAUUAAGGCCUUGGAUAUCUGUGAUAUUGCUGAAAAAAGAAUGAAUUUGCAUCCUUCUGAAGUGACAUAUUCAACACUCAUUGACAAUCUGUGUAGAGAAGGAUAUUUGAUGGAUGCCAAACAGUUAGUUGACAAGAUGGUUGUCAAUGGCUACAGAAUCAGUACUCAUGUCUAUAAUUCACUUGUUAACUGUUAUUGCAAGACUGGUCAGAUUGGGGAAGCCUUGAAGAUUUUGAGUAACAUGGAUACAGAACGGCUUAAACCCGAUGAAUUUACCGUUAGUGUUGUGAUUAAUGGUUAUUGUCAGAGUGGGAACAUGGAGCAGGCUCUUGGGUUUUUUUCUGAGUGUCAGUCAAAAGGUACAUCGCCUGAUUUCUUAGGCUAUCUGCUUUUGAUAAGGGGUCUAUGUACCAAGGGGAGGAUGGAAGAGGCCAGAAGCAUCUUAAGAGAGAUGCUGAAGUCACAAUCUGUACUGCAGUUGUUGAGCAGUGUCGAUAAUUUGUCUCAAACAGAAUCGGUGGACGGUUUUCUUGCAUCCUUGUGUGACCAGGGAAGUAUCAAAGAAGCGGUUAUGAUUUUUCUUGAAGCCAAAUCCGAUAUUGGGGAUGCUUUGUGGACAGUUUGUACUGACAUUGAAAUCCAUGAGGACAACACGAAUAUCGGAAAGCAUUCUAUGCAGUGGAAGGUGCACUGCACUAAAGGUGAAUUGAAGAACGUGCAGUAAUUAAAAUGGGAGCACCUCUACUUAUUUGAAGAUCUUGGAGGUCGUUUGGAUCAUGGAUUUGGAUCACAAAUCUAACCCUAGUGAGAAUUGACCAAAUCCGUGAACCCCAGGUAUUUGGAAUCCCACAUAAUUUGGUGAGAUUUGAGAGAAGGGACCAAAUCCUUGAUGCUAAAUAAACCAAUCCUUUCAUAAAUCUGACAUUCAUACAUCAAUUUUCUCAAAUCCCAAAUGAAACCAAAUCCAUCAUCAAUCCUUAGAUUCAUGGAAACAGGACAGCUAAGUCUCAGGUCAUAUGCACUGCUCUGCAAUUCUGGAGAUGUAAAUUAACUGUACUGCAGCAUACCCAGCCACGAAGGAUGCUGUAAAAACUUCAAGCCCUUUUGCCAUGAGAUUGUGAGGUUUACGUAAAGCUACGUGCAGCAAAAGAUUUUGGUUGUUGCAGUUGACAUAAUUCAUACCCCCGUAUCAACUGAAUAGGGUUCAAGUGCAAGAAAACAAGUUCCUUCGCGAAGGCAUAUUUGCAUCAAGGUGCAUGGAGCUCUGGAAGGAUUGUACUCAUUAUACUGGAGCCAUGUCAAACUCCGCCAAGAAAAAGAAACAAUAAACUUGGAAGUGGCCAGGAAUCUGAGGAAUAGCGCAUGGAGAUUGGAGAAUACUUGUCAGUCAGAAGCUGAGAGUUAUGGUCACUGUUACAGUGCAGGAAGAAUGGCUUCUGCAGCUUCCUUACGACAGCACUGAUGAGUUGAGGGACUGCUCUUGAUUCUCUUCGUCAUCUGUAUGCCUCCUCCUUUGCACUAUGCUUUCUUCUCCUGUCUGUUUAUUUUCUUGAACAGCCAUAUCUUCAAUGGAAUAAAGUUGCCCAAAUUAACUUCAUUGAUUGAUGUUAACUGUCUUCAAUUCUCCCGUGAACGAUGUGAUUGAUAAAGAUAAUCUAUUGAAUAUUGAUCACCAUAGAGAGU